UGUCAUUGUCAUCUAACUAAAUUCAACAAAAAUACACAAAAUCACAAAACAAAACAGGAAAGCAAAUAAUUUUAAUUAUAUGAUAAUUCCAAUAUCAAUAAAGUUUUCAACAUUUCCUAGAAACAGCAGUUGCAAAUAAGUUUUCAGCACUGUGAUAAAAUAUCUCAAUUGAAGUCUAAUAUCAUGACUGCAGAUUCUGAAAACAGUUACUGUUUCAAAACUGAAAACAAGUUUAUAGUCAAGAGUGGUAACAAAAAACGCAUGUGGAGAUCGUUGAAACAAAUACUGACUGCAGAGCGAGCAUUGCCCUGGCCUCCUGAAGCUGUGUUAUAUUAUUCAAUAAAUGCACCACCCACAUUCAAACCAACCAAAAAGUAUUCAGACAUAUCAGGACUACCAGCGCCAUAUAUAGACCGACAUUCAAAACUGUAUUAUAGUAAUGUGGAAGAGUUUGCUACUGUCCGAAGCCUUCCAAUGGACAUAACAGCAGGGUACCUUCAGCUUCGGGGAGCAAACACUAUUGUUGGAUAAAGUUGAGAAAUCUGUAUUACCUAUGUUCAAUCUGUAUUAAUUUUAUUUAUCUGCCUGCAGCUAAAGGAAAAUAACUUAAGAGUUUAAGUGAUGUUUCAAGGCAUUUACAUUUGUUUAUUUCAAAUCAAAUCUUUAUAAAGAUAAAGUCCUACAGAUUUUGACUAAGUUCAGAAUAAAAUAAUAUUUCUAAUUGUAUUUUUUUUUAUAAUCUUAAAGAAAGUAUUCUUUUUUCUAGGUUUUAUAAUUAAAGUACACUAUUUUAAACAAUACAAGAGUGUAUUGUUUAAAAUUGUAUAGUAUAUUGGCUGCUAAGAAAAAGUUAUUUUGUAAUAAAAGGAAAAUGGUGAUUGUUAAUUGUAAAUUUUCACAAUAACGAUUUAAGACGAAUUAGAGUUAGGAUUAUUUUUAUGUUUUAAGUUUUUUAUUAUAGUUUCCUUUAUUUUUUCCUAUA